CCGGAGCUGCGGCAUCCACCGGGACACGGAGGAACCUUCCGCCGAGCCCGCCCCGGCUCUUCCGGCGGCGCCGGGAGGAGGAGGAGCCGCUGCCGGUGGAGGUGACCGGGGCCAUGCGGCUGCUGGCGCUGGUGAGAGCGGCGGCGGAGGGGGGGCUCCGCCGGUGCCGGGACCCCGCGGUCGGGUCUCGCAUCCCCGCGCUGCGGAGGAGCUCGGGCUCGCCGCAAGCGGUGAUCGCCGCUAAGGAGCCGUUCGCGGUGGAGCUGAAGGCGGGCAGGACGUACGCGUGGUGCUCCUGCGGGCACAGCAAGCGCCAGCCUUUCUGCGACGGCGCCCACAAGACGGCGGCGCCGGGGCUGUCCCCGCUGCGCUUCACCCCCGAGGAGGACGCGCGGGUCUGGCUCUGCGGCUGCAAACGCACCCGGACCCCCCCGUACUGCGACGGCACCCACAAAGGGGAGGCGGUGCAAGGGGCCUCGCUGCCCCCCCGGCCCUGACCCCCUGCACCGCGCCCGGCUCGGGGCCGCCGGGAUGCUCGGUGUGUGGGUAAACGGG